UCCUCACUCAUAUCAAACAGUCAAAACCCGUGCCCUGUGAUUCCAAAAUUUUUCAUCAUUUCUAAAUUUAUUGUGUAAAACUUCAACAUGGUUCCGUGAUCGUAUCUUCUAAAUCAAUACAAUAUCGAUCAAAAUUCUAGUUUUUUCAGACUAACAAAAAUAAACUAAGCUAAAAAUCAUCAAAAAUGUCUCAGCCUGCACAGCCUAAAUCUCUUGCAGCUAAUUUCAACCUCAUACCGAAGAUCGUCAACGGCGGUAUCGCUGGUAUUGUGGGCGUAUCCGUCGUAUUCCCUCUGGAUUUAGUAAAGACACGAUUGCAGAACCAAACUAUUGGUCCAAAUGGCGAGAAACAGUACAAAAAUAUGCUGGAUUGCUUCAAACAAACCUACCGCGCCGAAGGAUAUUUUGGCAUGUACAGAGGAUCAGCUGUUAAUAUUUUACUCAUCACCCCGGAGAAAGCCAUCAAAUUGGCUGCUAACGAUAUGUUCCGGUACUCCCUUUCGCUAGCAGAUGGAUCUCUACCAGUGUACCGUCAAAUGAUAGCUGGUGGUGCGGCCGGAGCAUGUCAGAUCAUUAUCACGACGCCCAUGGAGCUGCUAAAGAUUCAGAUGCAGGACGCUGGCAGAGUUGCGGCGCAGGCUAAAGCUGAGGGUAAAACAAUGCCGCGCAUUACGGCAAUGCAAAUUACCAGGAAGCUCCUCGCAGAGAGAGGUGUCAUCGGGCUGUACAAGGGCAUCACGGCGACUGCAGCCCGGGACAUUUCCUUCAGUGUUGUCUACUUCCCAUUGUUCGCCACGCUCAGUAAACUGGGAAUUAGAAACGAGAAGGACAUCACGCCGCCCUUCUGGUGGUCGUUCCUGUCGGGAUGUGCGGCCGGUUCCACCGCCGCGCUAGUCGUCAACCCUAUGGACGUCAUCAAGACGCGCAUGCAGACGCUUACCAAAGGCAAGGGCGAGAGGCAGUACUCCUCCGUUUUUGAUUGCGCCAAGACGACGUUGAUGCACGAGGGCCCGACGGCGUUCUUCAAGGGAGGCAUGUGCCGGAUGAUCGUGAUCGCUCCACUGUUCGGCAUCGCUCAGACUGUCUACUACCUCGGGAUCGCCGAGCGCCUGCUGGGCUACCCACUCGUCAGGGCGGUUUGAACCAACACACACAUACUUCACCCUCAUACUUAGCUUUCUGUUUACUCUUUAUUUUAUAAGCAUACUUAUUUGACGUUAGGCAGUCCGUUUUAAGAAUACUUAUAGGUUCUUUUUAAGCCUUUAUUUAUAGAUAGAGACAAUCGAAAUGAAAUGAUUUAUUAUAUAAAUAGGAUCAAUAAUAUUAUUUUUUAGGAGUCACUUGUUUGAGCUCGAUGCUGUUGAUAUUACUAACUUACCUGGAAAGUAAUGUCGAAACAAACUCAGUGGUCUCAUUGAAGGUCCAGAAAAUGAAGUUUCUUUACCAACUCCUGGACUGGUCUUUUAAGAGAGACUAAGGCUAACCAGCAUCGACAAGCCUUUGAUACUCAAUAAUUUUUGGGAAUGCCUCACAACCCGCUAUAUAACCACUAUAAUAAGGACAGUAGCACAAUAAAAAUAUCUCAGAACUCACUCACACUACCGUCCUAAAAAUAAA